CUCGGCUUCCCCUGGCCCGCAGCGCAGCGCUGUGUGGCCCGGGCUGGGAGCGGGGGGGACCGCGGGGAAACGCCGAUGGGCUUUUGCGGGGUCACUCGGAAAGCGAGCUGGGUCUGAGCAGGGGGUCCCGUCCCGUCCUCCCUCCCGUUCCCCUCUUAUAUGCAGCCUUCACAUUUAAGGUCUAGGACAGUGGCUCCCAAAGUCUGACAGAUAGCACACACAACCUUCACCAGUACCACCAGCAACUUUUUGUCCUAUCGAGUCAUUAUAAUACGUCUGUUAACAUGUACUGCUGACAGGUGGUCUAGUACCUGAACUGCAAAUUGGGAACCACUGGUGUAGGCAGUUCUGAUUCGGACAUCCCCACCUUCAAUAGCUACCCACCCUCCUCCUCCAAGAGUUUGUCCCAGCCCUUUUUGCAUCUAGGUAAAUGGGCAACUGUCAGUGGCAGUGAGCGCCACACUUCAAUGACUCGCUGCAGGGAAAAAGAACUUCCCUUUUUUAGUUUUAAACUGACUACUUGGUAGUUUUGUUUUAUGACCCCUAGUUCUUGUAUUGUGAGAGUGAACGAUAAAUCCCUGUCUACUUUCUUUUUGCUGUUCAAUAUUUUGUAAACCCUUAUCGUGUCCGCCCCCCUCCCCCCCCCCCCCAGCCUCUCUUUUCUAAAUUGAAUAGGUCUGAAUAGUUUUCAGUUUUUCCAAACUGAAUCUCAGCAGUCAAAUAAUUUGAUGCUUUACCUUUAGAGGAUGGUUACAGAUGAUACAAUGUUUGGACGGGUGCUUUGCAUUUAGAAAGGAAGUGGCAUCAUUAGAACCUUCUUGGUGUCUUUUAAAAUGUCAGGUUGUUGACUUAAAUUGUAAAUAGCUGAUCUAAGUAAUGGGGAAAGAACAAGUGAGAAUUUGCAAUGUUAAAAAAUUUUGAUUAAAGCAGCAGUUGGGAACCUAUAUCCUGGGAGCUGGAUCCAGCCCACAGAGCCGUUGGAUCCAGCCCAUGGAGCUGGAUGGGGCUUUGGAAACAAGGGGCUUCUGAGCCACCGAUGGGCAGCAGGGAGAAGUGCUGGCAGUGGCCAGGUAUUAAUUCCAGCUUGCCUUGGACCCAAGAUGGAUCACUCCAGCCUGCUGCCCAAAACCUUUGCCAACCACUGGAUUAAAGCAUGAAUUUGUCUCUUUGCUUUAUUCUAUGAUGUGUAGUUAUUACAAUAAUAAUAAUUCCAACUGCUGCUUUAAUUUGAGAACCUCUAAGCAUUUUGCAAAUAGGAAACAUUUAAGAAAUUAAGUAAUUAAGAAAUUAAGUAAUUAAGAAAGAUAUGGGGAUUCAUCUUCAAUCCAUUUUAGAGUUGAACAGUGAUUUAAUAAUACUUAGCCAGGUUGCACGAAAAUUUAGAACAGGAAGGGAAAAAUAUCACAUCCAACCGAAACCACAGAGGGAAUUUUCAGAACAAAAUGGGGAAGAAAGUAGUUACUUGAGAAUUUGGCCAGGUAAAUAAAUUCAUUAUUCUUAUCUCCGUACUUAAUGUAACCUUUAGUUUCAGCUUCAGUUUUGAGUAUCUUAGCUUUUAUGAGUCCACAUUAGAUUUUUAGGGAGCCUCCAAACAAGUGUUCACAUGUGUUUCGCCAGGGCCAAAUAGUGGUGCAUAGGUGUGCUACUAGUAUGUGUCCCUGGGGAACACCUGUGCAUGCGUGCUGUGGCACAUGGCAAGUUGCCCCAUGUCGGGAAGGGGAGGCUGGGACCAGCACACCUACGCUGUCCUCAGCAGUGUUACCUAGGUCCUGGGGGCCUCCCGGGGCUCCAGCAGUGGUGAUCCGAGCACACGGAGCCUGACUAGAAACUGAAGAAUGGUUCCGGUAAGCUAGGCUCUGGUUUUGGGUGGCACAUGCUGCCACCAUGUGUGCCACCCCACUCUUUUUUUUGGCAUGGGUUUUUAAAUUAGCAGUGCAGCGAAUAUCUGCAUGUGCAGUGCAUUUGGUUUGUGGCACCACUGACGGGUCUGUGGUGCUGCAAAUCCCGUGUGCGCUCAUCUGGAUGCACUCUUAGGGUGCCUUAGUUUUAUUUCAAGUGGUGAGUCCUCAGCCAGUGUGGAACUCAUAUCUUUAAAAUGCUGUAAUUUCACUUUCCCCACUUACUAUUUUCAUAAUAUUUUAGAAGUAUAAUGCACUAAUGUAUUCGGUGCUCUUUGCUAUGUCUGAUAUGAGUCAAGCCCAAUAACUGCAACAUUUGAGGCUGAGUUUACUGCUGCAGGGGUAUACUGUAGUCCUGGAUUUUGAAGCAGUCUGCCUACAUUACUUUCCAGUUGUCUGGACAAGUAAAUGGAUCAGUAGCUCUUCUGGUUUUGUGGCACUGAAAUGAAUGACCUGCAUUUUUGGAUAACUUUGAGUAAGGGCUACAUCUGAGGUGAUGAAUAUAUUUCCUCCUGGUUCAGCUGGUCACAAAAUAACUUGCUGUGUUGUUGUCCAUCAAGUGUACAAAAUAGAAGUCUCCUUGUCUCCUCCUUUCAGAUUAAUAAUGUGGGCACCAAUACAAGCUGGACUGUGCAAGAAGUCCUCUUCUUCCGCUCUGUAAGAAGUGGAAAACUUUUAGAUUUUAAAAAAGUCAAAGGUGAUAAUGCCUUUGACAGAAAUAAAGAACUAUUUAUUUAGAUCUACAGUAAACACGGUUUCCUUCUGCAACCACUGGGUGUCAGUUAUUGGCACUCAUAUCAGCGUUUCCCAAACUCUGACAAAUUGCGCACCACGAAUUUAAAAUGAUACAACCUUAAGUACCGCCAGCAAAUUUUUGUCAUGUAAAGUAAUUAUAAUAAAUCUGUUAACGCGUUCCACUGACAGGUUGUUUGCAUACCACUGGUGGUACCUGUACCAGAGAUUGGGAAUCACUGCAUUAUAUGAUAGAAUAAAAGACGCAUUUAAAUUCAAGUCAUCAACUUUACUUCUUCAGUUAGAGAUUUGAACCAGUGUAAUACAAAUUCAUUGUAUGCUAGGAAUGAAAAAGGAGCUGAUUUAAAACCAACUAGAUUUGAAAACUGCCAUCAAGUGUGGCCAUGUAUAAAUGACUCACUUCAGUAUUUAUACGAUUAUGUUUGUUUGUUUUUUUCCUUCCAAUUCAGGAUUUUUGUUCUGUGAUGAUUAAUUUGGAACACACACUUUUUCUGGAAAAUUAUUUAAUAAUUCUUCUGCAAAAGAUUUAGCAAGUUUUCAAGAUCAACAAACCAAGUAGAAAUAACCUGAUAACAUUUGAAUUAUGUGGGUUGGUCACUUCUUUGUAAAUUAAUAGAAGUUUGUCCAGCCACUCUGCCAAACAUAGUGCCUCACGGUGUCGGGAAGGAUUGGGAAGUACUUGGUGUUCAUCAACAGAUUCUCAAAAUGCUCAGAAUCUACAAAGGAAAUGAGAACCUCUCAACAACAGGACUGAAAGUCUUAAAUUUACUUCUUACUUCAGAUGCAAUUACAUUUUUGCUCUUGGAGGAAGAGACUGAUGUAUUUUUGUUGGUAUUGGAUGCUAUGAACAUCUUUCCUAAAAAUGAAGAAAUCCAGCAAUAUGGUUGUAAAGCUUUGCACAGGCUUUUUGAGAGAGUUCCAGAAGAGCAGCUGACUGAAUUUGUGGAAAGCAAAGAUCAUAUGAUCAUACUGAAUGUAUUAAAACAGUUUCAAGAAAAAGAAGAUUUAAUACUUCUAGCACUUUAUUCUUUACAUUCCUUAGCUGGGCCAUCUAGCAAUGUUGAAGUGCUCAUGUCUGGAAAUGUUCGAUGUUAUAAUAUCAUUGUUGAAAUAAUGACAAGGUUCUCCAACAGUGAACCAAUUCAGGAAGUGAGCUGCUGUUUGUUCCACAAACUUACAUUAGGAAACUUUUUCAAUAUUUUGGUUUUAAAUGAAGUACAUGAAGUCAUUGUGAAAGCUGUUAUAAGAUACUCUGCAAAUGCAAAACUACAAGCUGCAGCUCUUGGUUGUUUAGCUCUUCUCACUGAAACAAUAUUUUUAAAUCAAGACUUGGAGGAAAGAAAGGAGGAGGAGGAGGAAGAAAAAAUGUGUUGGUUGGAAGCAUGCUACAAAGCAUUAAAAUUACACCGAAGAAACAUAGAUGUACAGGAGGCUGCAUGUUGGGCUUUGAAUAAUCUGUUGAUGUAUCAGUGUAAACUUCAUGAAAAGAUUGGAGAUGAAGAUAAACAGUACCCAGCACACAGAGAAGUGAUGCUAGCUAUGCUGAUGCAUUCGACAUCGAAAGAAGUGUUUCAGGCAGCUGCUAAUACAUUGGCAACUUUAUCCAAACAAAAUGUUAGUAUUAGAAAGGUUCUUUUGGCAAAAGGAAUACACAUGAACGUUUUGGACAUAAUGAAGAAAUAUUCGCAUGCCCCUGAAGUUGCUGAGAGUGCCUGCAAAAUGCUGAAUCAUGUUUUUGAAGGAAGUUUCCUCCAUCUGGAUGUAAUGACAGUUACUGCGUCAGAAGUUGUAAAAGCUAUGAAGAAACAUGAACAGUUGCCAUCUGUUCAGCUGGAGGCAUUUCGAGUCCUUUUACAUUUUAUGGUCACUGGUACAGUGCAAGAACAGCCAAACACUCCAUUCAGAGCUGUGGGAGGUGCUGACCUGGAUCUUACUUUAAAAGUAAUUAAAAACCAGUGUUUGCUGGAAGGGACUCACACACUGGUGCUUGAUGCUUUGAACAGGUUUAUUGGGAAUCCUGCUAUUCAGAGAUGUGGACUAAAAAUACUUUCAUCUGUAGCAGAAUGCUCUGGUGCAUUAGAAAUUUUAUCCCAGCAAGGUGCUACAGAUACUAUACUUCACACACUACAGAUGUAUCCAGAUGAUCAAGAAAUACAGUGUUUGGGUUUGAGUCUUCUAGGAUCUUUGAUUACAAGAAAGAGUUUGUGUAUCGCUACUAUGCAUGUGCUGGCAACAGUUCUGGUUUCUAGUUUACGGAGGUUUAACGAAGUCACCGAAAUACAGAUGCACGGUUUUCGCACAGUCUUGACAAUACUUGACUUGUCACCUUGUUUUGCUAAGCUGCUGAUACAUGAAUCAUUUGACACAGUAAUUUUCUAUCAGAUGUCCAUGUUUUUCACUGAACAGAGAAAUCAACAGUGUCAAAGCCUGUGUUGUAAGUGCUUUGCCAAACUAGCGGACAGUGAUGAUAUUAAAAACGUGAUGCUGGAGAAAGCAUGCACGGAGUGCAAUAAUAGCAUUAUGGCCGAAUGUUUACUUUUACUGGGUGCUGAUGCUAAUAAGAAGACAAAGACAAACUCUUUAAUUUAUCAGGUUUGUGAGAGAGGAAGCAAUUCUAAAUUGGUUGAGCUCUUACUCAAUAGUGGUGCUCGAGAGCAAGAUGUCCGGAGUGCUUUGACAAUCAGCAUAAAAAAAGGCGAUAGCCAAAUCAUCAGCUUGCUCUUAAGGAAGCUUAGCCUGGAUAUAGCAAAUAGCAGUAUCUGUCUUGGAGGAUACAGCAUUGGGAAAAUUGAGCCUUCCUGGCUAAUUCCUUUGUUCCCAGAUAAACCUGCUCCUUUAAGAAAACAAACAAAUGCAGGUUCUUCAUUGGCACGAAUGGUACUCGGAUACCAAAUGAAGAGUUUUUCAGAGUACAAAUCAAGAUCCUAUUCUGAUGUGACUUUUUGUGAUGAUCCACUGGAUAAAUCUUAUGAUUGGACCUUCCUUCCUGACCCAUUAGUGGACAAUGUUUUUCGCUUGAGUGAUGAUCUUGAUAGUGAAGAGAGUGAAAGUUCAUUUCGUAUGAAAAAGAAAUCCAAUUCCAUUGCGGUUGCUGACCUGUACAGAGAUACAGCCUUACAAAGAUAUUCUCCUACUUUGCAAAGACAUUCUAACUCUGUGGGACCUGGUUCAGACUAUGAACCACACGUGAAGCAAAGGAAAAAACUACUCUCUUCAGAAGAAUCUCUCAAAGGCAUAUCAAAACUCUCAUCAUCUGCAAGGCAAUCAGAUAGUCUUUCUUCACUGAGCUUGGAAAAAGAAUACAUUAAGUCACUAGACCUUUCAUCAAAUGAGCUGGAGAACAUUGAUGCUAUCAGUCAGAAUAGCUGCUUAACCAGUCAUUUGGAACAUCUCGAGAAACUAGAGUUGCACCAAAACAUACUAUCAAGCAUUCCAGAACAACUGUGUGAAACCUUGAAAUGUUUGACUUGCUUGGAUUUACACAGUAACCGAUUUACAUCUUUUCCUACUUACUUACUGAAAAUGAGUUGUAUUGCAAACCUCGAUAUCUCUCGAAAUGACAUCGGCCCUUUCAUAACUUUGGAUCCAAAUAUCAAGUGCCCAUCUCUAAAGCAGUUUAAUUUGUCAUAUAAUCAACUAUCGUCCAUUCCUGAACUUCUUGCAGAUGUUGUAGAAAAACUGGAACAGCUAAUGAUGGAAGGAAACAAAAUUUCAAGUAUAUGUUCACCCAUAUUCCUGAAGGAACUGAAAGUUUUAAACAUUUCUAAAAACAAUAUUUCAUCCCUUGCUGAACAUUUUAUCAAGGACUGUACAAAACUGGAGAUAUUCAGUGCCAGAAUGAAUUUACUUGAUACCAUACCUGAUUUAUCAUCUGGCAUAACAAGUUUGAAUUUAUCUCAAAAUCAUUUUAUUGAUAUUCCAGAUGCAAUUCUUCUUCUUCCACAUUUGCGGUCAGUAGAUUUAAGUAACAAUAAAAUCAUAAACCUACCUGGACCUGUGCACUGGAAAUCCUUAAACUUAAGGGAACUCUUGUUUAAUCACAAUCAGAUAAGCAUCUUGGACUUGAAUGAAAAAGCAUCCGUGUGGUCUAGACUAGAAAAACUACACCUGUCCCAUAACAGGCUAACAGAGAUCCCUCCUCAGAUUGGCUUCCUUGAAAACUUGACCUCUCUGGAUGUCAGUUAUAAUCCUGACUUGAGUUCCUUUCCAGAUGAAAUGGGAAAGUUGUCCAAAAUCUGGGAUCUUCCUUUAGAUGGGCUAAAUCUUAAUUUAGAUUUCAAACAUGUGGGAUUCAAAGCCAGAGACAUUAUAAGGUUUCUUCAGCAACGGCUAAAGAAGUCUGUCCCUUAUAACAGAAUGAAACUCAUGAUUGUGGGAAACACUGGCAGUGGUAAAACUACACUGCUGCAACAAUUAAUGAAAUGCAAGCGCUCAGAUAUGGGAGCUCAGAAAGCUACAGUAGGUAUAGAUGUAAAGGACUGGACGGUUCAAGUGAAAGGCAGAGUGAAGAAAGAGCUGAUACUAAAUGUCUGGGAUUUUGCAGGACAAGAAGAGUUUUACAGUACUCAUCCCCACUUUAUGACCCAGAGAGCCUUGUAUCUUGCUGUGUAUGAUCUCAGCAAAGGGCAAGCAGAAGUGGAUGCUAUGAAACCGUGGCUGUUUAAUAUAAAGGCUCGUGCUUCAUCGUCUCCCGUGAUUCUUGUUGGUACUCAUUUAGAUGUCUCUGAUGAGCGGCAAUGUAAGACCUGCAUGAAUAAAAUUACAAGAGAACUGUUGAAUCAAAGGGGCUUCCCACUUAUCCAGGAUUAUCAUUUUGUGAAUGCUACAGAAGAAUCCGAUUCCAUUAUAAAACUCCGGAAAACCAUAAUAAAGGAGAGUCUGAACUUCAAGAUCAGAGACCAGCCAGUAGUAGGACAGUUAAUCCCAGACAGUUAUCUGGAGCUGGAGAAGAGAAUUUUAUUUGAACGUAAAAACGUCCAAAGCGAAUUUCCUGUGAUUGAUCAGAAGCGAUUAUUAGAACUGGUGCAAGAAAGCCAGUUACAGCUGGAUGAAAAUGAACUUCCUCAUGCAAUUCACUUUCUGAAUGAAUCAGGUGUACUGCUACAUUUUCAAGACCCAGCACUCCAGCUAAGAGAUUUGUAUUUUGUGGACCCAAAGUGGCUCUGUAAAAUAAUGGCACAGAUUUUGACAAUGAAGGUAGAAGGCAUUUCUAAAUACCCUAAGGGAAUUAUAAAACGUUCAGAUGUGGAAACAUUUCUUUUGAAGAAGAGCAGAUUUCCUAAGAUAUAUAUGUCACAAUACUUUAAGCUUCUGGAAAAGUUCCAAAUUGCAUUACCAUUAGGAGAAGAUCAACUCCUUAUUCCAAGCAGUUUGUCUGAUCACAGACCUGUUAUAGAGCUUCCCCACUGUGAAAACUCAGAAAUCAUCAUUAGACUGUAUGAGAUGCCGUAUUUUCCUAUGGGAUUCUGGUCAAGGUUGAUCAACAGGUUGCUCGAAGUAUCUCCUUACAUGCUGUCAGGAAGAGAACGAGCUCUUCGUCCUAAUAGAAUGUACUGGAGACAAGGUAUCUAUCUGAAUUGGUCUCCUGAAGCUUACUGUCUGGUGGAAUCAGCAGUGUUUGACAACAAUCCAGACAGCUUUUUGAAAAUUACAGUUCCUUCUUGCAGAAAAGGUUGUAUCCUUUUGGGGCAAGUUGUGGAUCACAUAGAUUCUCUUAUGGAAGAGUGGUUUCCUGGCUUGCUGGACAUAGAUGUAUGUGGAGAAGGGGAAACACUGUUGAAGAAAUGGGCUUUGUACAGCUUUGAGGAUGGUGAAGAGCACCAAAAAAUACUACUCGAUGAUUUACUUAACAAAGCUGAAGAAGGUGACCUCUUAGUAAGUCCAGACCAGCCAAAAUGCACCAUUCCAAUAGCUCAGAUUGCUCCUGACCUGCUAUUGACUGAUUUGCCUCGGAAUAUCAUGUUGAACAAUGAUGAAUUAGAAUUUGACCAAGCUCCUGAAUUUCUUUUGGGUGACGGUGGGUUUGGAUCUGUGUAUCGUGCAUCUUAUGGUGGAGAAGAAGUAGCCGUAAAGAUUUUUAAUAAGCAUACUUCCCUCCGACUCUUAAGACAGGAGCUGGCGGUGCUUUGUCACCUCCAUCACCCAAGCUUGGUGUCUUUGCUGGCUGCAGCAAUCCGUCCCAGGAUGUUGGUAAUGGAAUUAGCCCUAAAGGGUUCUCUAGAUCGUUUGCUUCAGCAAGACAAUGCAACCUUAACCAGAACACUUCAGCACAGGAUAGCUCUACACAUAGCUGAUGGCUUACGGUAUCUGCACUCAGCAAUGAUCAUUUACCGUGAUUUAAAACCUCACAAUGUGCUGCUCUUCACAUUGUAUCCCAAUGCAGCAGUUAUUGCUAAGAUUGCUGAUUAUGGCAUUGCUCAAUAUUGUUGCAGAAUGGGAAUAAAAACUUCUGAAGGCACACCAGGAUUCCGAGCACCGGAGGUUGCCAGAGGAAAUGUUAUUUACAAUCAGCAAGCUGAUGUUUAUUCAUUUGGCUUGCUUCUUUAUGACAUUUUAACAGCAGGCGGUAGAAUAAUGGAAGGCAUGAAGUUUCCAAAUGAAUUUGAUGAGUUGGCAAUCCAGGGAAAAUUACCAGAUCCAGUCAAAGAAUAUGGGUGUGCUCCAUGGCCUGAAGUUGAAAAUUUAAUUAAAAAGUGUCUGAAAGAAAAUCCUCAGGAAAGACCAACAUCUGUUCAGAUUUAUGAGAUUUUGAAUUCAGCAGAGCUUAUCUGUUUGAUGAGAUACAUUUCAAUACCCCACGUCUCUACAGCAGAGUGCAUUGUGGCUGCCAAUCAAAGCUGCAAGAAUGCAGGGGUCUGGAUUGGUAGUGGAAACAGAGAAAAUGCACAGCUUUCGAUUAUUAACUUGAAUACAGAUGGGCACAUGCUUGAGAACAUUGCAGACAGUAGAAUAUUAAGUCUGGCCUUGGUGACCCUUCCCACUGAAAAAGAAAACUGGAUUGUAGCAGGGACACAGUCUGGUUCCCUGUGGGCAGUCAGCACAGAAGAUGAGAAAAACAGACACUGUCUUCAGAAAAUGUCAGAUUCUGUUACCUGCCUCUACUGCAACUCUCUUUCCAAGCAAAGCAAACAGAAGAAUUUCUUUCUGGUGGGUACAGCAGAUGGCAAACUAGCAGUUUUUGAAGAUAAAGCAGUAAAGCAUAAGGGUGCUGCGCCUGUGAAGACAUUGACCAUAGGAAAUGUCAACACACCAUUGAUGUGCCUAAGUGACUCCACAUGUUCAUCUGAAAAAAAUAUAAUCUGGGGAGGCUGUGGAACAAAAAUAAUAUCAUUAUCUAAUGAUUUCUCUGUUCAAAAGCUUAUUGAGACAAAAACAAGUCAACUAUUCUGUCAUAAAGAUUACAGUGAUGCAAACAUUAUUUCAAUUGCAGUAGACAAGUCCAUCUACUUGGCUAAGAAAAACAGCCAUUUUGUGGAAGUUUGGGAUAAGAAAACAGAAAAACUUUGUGAACUAAUUGAUUGUGCACUUUUUCUCAAGGAAACAGUGGUGAAACUCAAUAACGAAUCAAAACACAGAGUGGCUUAUUCUGGAAGAGUGAAGACCAUUUGCUUACAAAAAAAUACUGCCCUUUGGAUAGGGACAGGAGGAGGGCACAUUGUGCUGCUUGAUCUGUCAACACGGCGUCCCAUCCAAAUAAUACAGAAUUGUUGUGACUCUGUUAGAGUCAUGCUGACAGCCCAGCUAGGGAGCCUCAAGAAUGUUGUGCUGGUAUUGGGUUACUGCUAUAAAGGUAAUGAAGACAACAAAUAUCCAAAAGAAGUGCAGUCAUGCUUAUCUGUGUGGGAUAUUAACCUGCCACAUGAAGUACAAAACCUGAAAAAGCAUAUAGAAAUGAGACAGGAAUUAGCACAAAAAAUGAGAAGUUUUUCUUUGGAUUAAAGAACUCCCAAGGCAAGAGAUGUCUCAUCUCCAAAUUUUCCAUCAUUUUAACUUUAACACACGAGUGACUUUUUGUCUUUUAUUCUGUUACCUUCAGAGAAUGAUUUUCAUCCCCCCCAAAAUCAUGAAAUAUUAGAAGAAAGAAGAAGUAAAAUCUCUUCAGAAUCUCGGCAUUAGCUGUGUGUACCUCCUAGGCAAGUAGUGCUGGUUUAAAGUGAGCUCCCCUAGCCUAUUUCUAAUCUAAUCAGAAGUAUUUCUCUUGGGCUGGGUGCUGUAUAUAAAGAGUAACUCUACUGAAUGGUUCUAAAUCAGAGUAAAAAUGUAAGCCUCAGUCUGUUUAUUGCCACUUGCAUAUAUGAGCAUUUUUCACGGUUCCUGUUUUUUGUGGUACUGGCCUAGAAAGACAAGAUGAACCUGUGAUCUGACGCAGUAUGGCAUGUUUUAUAUUGUCAUGUUUUGUUGUACUCAUAUUUAGUAUUCUUGAUUAAAUGGAGGAAAAUAUUUUAUAUAGUAGCAGUACAACCAAUUAGAGGAACAUUCACUUACUGUACAACAGUUUUAAACAGCAGGCUGAAUAGGUCAGUCUUUUUCUCUUCCUGUAUGUAUCAGCAAUUUGGCAAUUUUCAGUCUGUUCAAAAAAGAUUUUGUGCUGAAGGACCUGAAAUAUUGUCUUGAAAUUCUGGAUUAAAAUGCAUUGAUAGACUUCCACAAGGAUAGUGCCUUCUUGCAGUACUACACAGUAUCUGGUUUCAGGCUGCACAGUCUCGUUCAUAUAAAGUAUGCCAUUGCAGAAAAUAUUCACACACUAGUAUUAUACAGUUUGCCAUACUUGGCUAAGCAGACACAGGGUUAUAAUGCCUGACCUGAAUGUACCCUCAAGAAAUACACAAAGAAGAAUGGCUGAUGCUUUUAAGGUAACCAUCCAGUCAGAUGCAAGGUAACCAGAGAGUAGUCAUGCAGUAAAACUAUGCAGUUUGCUUGUCUCAAUCUGAAAAAAAUGGAAACUAAAGGAUUGUUACAGUGCCUGCAUAGUUAACCAUUCAGCCAUAUUUUGAGCACCUUAUAUCUAUAUUUUUGAGCUAUGCAAUAGAAGCUGGAGGCAUUUAAAAAUGGGCUCCAUCUUGCCUUGCAUAGCCCCACUGGGCAGUUGUACCCAGACAUAUUCAAUUAGGAGAUAACAUUUUAUUGUUCUACAUCUAUUAACUUAGUCUUCUGUUAUCCUGCACUAAGUGCCUUAUUUCUGUCAAUCACACAACAGGCAGAUGCUUUUCUCUCUCCUUGAAACCAAGUGCAUCAUCUCUGUAGCAAGCCUAAAAUCCCAGGGAGUAACAAACCCAAAGCCAUUCCUGUAUUUGUCUCCUAUGGAGCCAAAUAGAGUGUCGCCACCAAACAAGUUCUUUCCUCCAGUGUUUUUAGUUUUAAAUGAUUCCUGUACUAGGGCAAUAAGGUUCCCUGGACUUUCUCCAAACAUAUCAGUAUUUAACUAUCUGCAAUUUGAUAAGGACAUACUCAGGGUACCUUUCAUAUAUACACCCUGUUUUCAUUGUGAUCUUAUAUUAUGUAUAUUGAGAAUAAUUUGUUAUUUAUAUGAUAUUUUAUCACUCAAAGUGUAUAUUAUCGUUAUAAUGAAAAAUAAAGGUUUUUAAACUAUCAAGAGCAUAUUUCACAUGUUGAAAUUGUUCAUGAUCAUACUGAGGUGUAAGCUUUAUAGUUGUUUAUUAAAUCCUAUUUUGUUG